UACUCCACGUUGAGACUUACAAGAUUCUGUACGGCAUUUCUUCAUUACUGUUAUGUUUCUUCAAUCAUAACCUGUAAAACUAUAGAACUGCAACUAUUUUUAGCAUUUCUUAAGUUCAAAGAGGAUAUGAGGACUAGGUAUUUUGGUGGGUUAUGUUUGAUUUUUCUUUGCAUGGCUUCCCUGUGCUUUGUUGUUACAGGCGUCACAAACAACGAGGAUGCUUCUGCCCUGUAUCUCAUGAGCUUGCUUUGGGAAAAUACGGUGCCAACAAAUUGGAUGAGUGGCACAGAUCCCUGUGACUCUCACUGGGAUGGGGUGGCCUGCACAGACGGUCGCAUAACUUCACUAAAAUUAUCAAGCGUGGGGCUUAAGGGAGCUCUGUCAAAUAAAAUUGGUUCUCUGACUGCACUUCAAACUCUGGAUUUAUCUUACAACAAAGACCUGACAGGAAGGCUUCCAAACAGUAUAGGAAACUUGGUCUCUUUGAGAAUUCUUAUAGUGAUUGCGUGCAAUUUCAAUGGACACCUACCGACUGAAUUGGGGAAUCUGACUAAUCUCAGCUUUUUGGCUUUGAAUUCAAAUAAGUUUACAGGCCCAAUUCCUCCAACUCUGGGUAAGUUGACCAAUCUAGAAUGGUUUGAUAUUGCAGACAAUGAACUUACUGGGAGUCUUCCGGUCUCCAAUGCUACUCAGUCUGGAUUAGACAAACUUGUUAAUGCACAACACUUCCAUUUCAAUCUAAACCAUCUGUCAGGCACCAUUCCUCCUGAACUCUUCAGUGGGAAUAUGAAUCUGCUUCAUAUACUAUUUGACAGUAAUGAGUUUGAAGGACAAAUCCCCACUACUUUGGGACUUGUAAAUACUUUGACUGUCUUAAGGCUUGACAGAAACCAGAUAACAGGUUCAAUUCCCUCCAACAUCAGCAACCUAGUAAGCCUUGAAGAACUGAACUUAUCAAACAAUAGACUGAAUGGUGAUAUACCAGAUUUAUCUACCUUAAAUGAGCUCCAAUACAUAGACUUGAGCAACAAUUCCUACAAUUCAUUCAAACUCCCUCGCUGGUUAACCGACUCAAAAGAAUUGAUCACCAUAGUCAUGGAUAAUUGCAGCGUAUCUGGAUUUUCUUCAACAAAUUUUAAUCUGCCAGUACUUCAAACAGUACGAAUGAAAAACAACAAGUUGAAUGGAAUAGUAAAAAUUGACAUCAGUGAUUCAAGUGCACUGCAAUGGAUAGACCUUAGAAAUAACAAUAUAACUGAAGCUGAUGUGGAAGGCCGUACAACCGCUUUAUGGAUUGCAGGAAACCCAAUUUGUAACCCAGGAACUAAUCUUUCAAGCACUAAAUCAUGUCAAAACAUUGUAUCUGAGAAAAGCUAUGAAACAAAUAUGGCACAAUGUGAGAACAACAAAUGCUCUGGAAACCUGACGCUCAAUCCUAGGACAUGCAAGUGCCAACAACCUUAUGAGGGUAUAUUGAAAUUUAGGGCUCCCUCAUUUUCAGAUCUGAGAGAUACAGAGAGAUUCAAAAACUUGGAGGAGAGUCUUAAGACCAAGUUGGGUGUAGAUGCAGUGCAUCUUUUUCGCCUCCAUUUUGAUAGCAGUGACUAUCUGAUCAUAUCAGUGCAGCUAUUCCCUGUGGAUACUGAGUUAUUUACCCGAUCAGAGGUUAUUCAGAUUGGUUUCAAUCUAAGCAAACAAGUUUACAAACCUCCAGAGGGAUUUGGACCAUUUUUCUUUAUAGCAACUCCAUAUAUCAUUGGGACUGAAGAAUCUAGCAAAGGUCUACGUUUGGGGUUUAUUGUUGGAAUAGCUUUUGGAGCAUUUUGCUUGGCUCUUGUGGUUAUUAUAACAGGACUUUAUGCACUAAGGCAAAAGAAAAGAGCAGAGAAGGCCAUUGAAAUCCACAAACCCUUUGCUUCAUGGGGAGCCAAUAGCAUGGAUAGUGUAAACACCCCUAGACUGAAAGGUGCUAGAUGGUUUUCAUUUGCUGAAAUAAAGGAGGCUACAAAUAAUUUCUCUGAGAGCAAUGCAAUUGGCUCGGGAGGAUAUGGAAGGGUAUAUAAGGCAAUGUUACCAGAAGGUGAAAUGGUAGCUAUCAAAAGAGCUCAGCAGGGAUCAUUGCAGGGUGGAACAGAAUUCAAAAAUGAGAUUGAGCUCUUGUCCCGGGUUCACCAUAAAAACUUGGUGGGGCUCAUUGGUUUUUGCACCGAGCAAGGAGAACAGAUGCUGGUAUACGAGUAUAUGCCGAAUGGAACUCUAAGAGAAAAUCUCAAUGGUGAAUCUAAACUGGACUGGUCAAAAAGGCUACAAAUAGCCCUGGAUUGUGCCAAGGGAUUGAACUAUCUGCAUGAGCUUGCCAAUCCCCCCAUCAUACACAGAGACGUCAAGUCCAAUAACAUAUUGCUGGAUGAGAAUCUAAAUGCUAUGGUUGCAGAUUUUGGUCUGUCCAAGUUGGUUGCCGAUACAGGUGUAAAUGCUGGAAGCAAAAGCCACGUCUCAAGUCAAGUCAAAGGGACAAUGGGAUACUUGGAUCCGGAAUACUACAUAACCCAGCAGCUCAGUAAGAAAAGCGAUGUGUACAGUUAUGGUAUUGUUUUGCUGGAGUUGAUUACAGGACGCCUACCCAUUGAAGGAGGGAAAUACAUUGUUGUACUGGUGAAAAAUGUCUUGUAAAAUGGGGGUGUAGCAAGCUUGCAAGAGGAAUUAAUGGAUCCUGUAUUACGACAAGAUAACCUCAGAGGGUUUGGAGAGUUCUUAGGUUUGGCCUUAAGCUGCCUUAAGGAUUCGGGCGCCGAAAGACCCACCAUGAGGGAAGUGGUAAAGGAACUGGAAUCCAUUGUAGACAUGCAAGGCUCCUGUGAUUCCAUCACAGACAGCCCACAAAGUGGCCGUAUUGGUGGAAAAGGGAUUCGUAAGUUGUAUGGUGAAGAUGAGGAAGAUAUUUCCAUGGUUCUGCCUGUACAAAGGAAAAAGGCACAUAAAAGCCUAUUUGAAUAUAGUGGGGCUUAUCAGGUGUCCGGCACGAUACAGCCCAAGUAGCUUAUGGUUUUUAGGGUUUCUGUAGAUAUGAUCUAUUUGCAAAGUUUGUAUUGAUUUUUCAGAGUUUGAAGCUACCCAAUUUGAGACAACGGACGUUGGCCCGGAUUGUGAAUCCUGACUAUUCCUGAGAGAUUGUGAAGCAGUUCACCUUCCCGCCAAAUCCUCUGUAUAAUAGAGGAUUGCAUAAUUUAGUUUAAAAAGCAUGUUUUCAUUUUUAAUAUGAGCACUUGAACCUUUGUGUAGAA